CUUUCUGUCUCAACGAGACGUGCAUACUUUGCGCAUACUUUGCACAAAGGAGCCACGACUUCUCACUAAGUAUAUAAAGUAUGAUCAAACGAGAACUUCACAACAUAUAAUGGUCACACUAUAUCCUUGCGAAUCCAAAAUUUUGUUUAUAGAGGUUAUACAUAUUUAAACGUCCCUUUAAAGAGCGCGCAUAAAAAUACUUCAGUUAAGGUUAGUAAACACGACCCAAUUCGAAUUCAAAACAAGUGUUUCCAAGACGACGAGCGCACGGAAAUUUACAAACAUUUCGCCGUGUGCAUCGAUUACAUGAUGGCCGAAUUGCAUCUAGUAGGCACGAUCGCAUCCGCAAGAAACUUUCAACAGCCCCGUUUAUUUUGCAAAUGGAGUUUUUCCACUGGUAGUGGUUGGAAAAUUAUAAACGGUAACGGCGAGGGACAGACCCAAGAAUGCUGUGACCCAUUUUCUAAUCAACCAGUCUGGGAUCAUCCCAUCGAUCUGCAUUUUGCGACACAAACUCUUCAAGGUUCUCCAAAAAUCCUGCUGCAAGUGUUUUGUAGAGAUAAUUUCAAUAGGAUACUGUUUGUUUCUUAUGGGGUCUGCAGUAUUCCUUUGAAACCUGGAUUUCACUCAAUAGACUGUCAUACUUGGAAACCAAUUGGUAACUGGCAAGAUAGGCUCAAAGAUAAAUUUUUGGGUACAACCCUCCAACUAAAGUCACCUGACAUUCUAGUCAAUGCUGAUGAUAGGUUUGAACUCCUUACUGAAAGCAUGGGUACUGUCCAAAUAGAUCUCUAUGUGCUUGUAAGGAAUUUUGAUAAGUUUGGUUGCCAUUUAUGACCAAAAAGAUAAGAAAAGUCUUGCCAUCAGAAAGUAUCGACAAUGAGUACAAUCAAGAGUGUGACUUUAAUUCUUUUACAAUUAAUUUUACUUUUCUUGUUCACACUUGGGCAGGAAGUGCAAGAUUCAAAUGACUCUUGUCAAAACAAUACUCUUUGCGAAAAUUCAACAGUUUCAGGAAAUAAAGAUGAAGAUUAUGAUAUCAAUGAUGUAAAUAUUAGAGAACUAGCAGGAGGUAUAUUUAAGAAUUCUGACAGUACAAAAACUACUACUACCAGCACUGAAAGAAGUGUAAAUAAAGAAGUGGAUCUAGAAUUGAACCUUGAUCUUUCAAAAAUUCAGAAAGUAUUAGGGGAAAGAUCAAAGAAUAAAUUUUGUAGUUGUGAUCUUACAACUAGCGUUUGUGACAUAAAUUGUUGCUGUGAUUUAGAUUGCACAGAGUAUCACUUCAAAGUUUUUUCUCAUUGUAUAGAUCGUGAAAUUGACAAAGAGAAAGAUAAUUGGUAUUGUCAUGAAAAGCCCUUUUUCAGGCACAAUGAUACCAGGUUCAUUUUAGAGAAGAUUGUUGAUAGUUUAUUCUGUGUAGCUUCUGACAAUCUUCCUCCGGUAUAUAGUGCAACUAGCCAUUUGCAAAUUAAGGAUGAAAAAAGUUUCAAAAAAGUCAUUGAUAACAACAAGCCAUCAAAAUUCAAGUGGACUUUAGAACAAAUGAAACUCAUUGUUCCAGAGUUCAAUAUUUCAAAUUCAUACAGACAUGGAGACAUAUUAUGGAAAAUAAAUAAAAAUUCUUUACAACCACUUGAGCUUCCACAAACUGGCUUUGGAAAAGCUUGUGAUUUCAAAAAGACUGUUAAAUUUUUAGAAGACUGGAAAGAUUCUUGUCAUCAGAAUAACUUAAAUAACAAAAAUGUUUUUUUGUUUCCCUCAAAUUUCAGUAACUUUACAAUUGUUGCUCUGCCUUUGAAAUUCAACUCACAAUUUCUUUUGCAAAAUUGUCCAAACAAUAUUUGUCGUGCAAUCAACGUCUCGUACUGCUCUGACUCUUGGACCCAUUGUAAAAAAAACAUUACUGUUCAAUCAUACUGUACAGAAAAAAGUGUUUGUUAUAAUAUUGUAAAAAAGAUGAGGUACAUGAUUUAUCACAAUGGAAGUGAAGGAAUCCAAAAUAUUGAAGUACAAAUUCAGUUAGCUAAUAUCUCUGACAGUUUUAAACAAGAAUUUGAAAUAUUUUACAAAUGGAUUGGUUUAAAUCAAUCACUAGUAUUUGAAAGAAGUGGAAAUCCAGGUUAUAUUGCAGGAAAACCGAUACUUAUUGGAACUCAAACGGUUAACAAAACUGGUGAUGUGGAAGUUAAGUAUGUGAUUUUUAAUAAAACUCAUCAACACUUGACCCUACCAAUGGCUGACAGAACAGGUAUGUGCAGUGAAGUUGAGAGUUACCCAGUAAAAUUUUUAGAAGACUUGAAAUUGAAGUGCUCCAUUGUCGUGAAAUCAAAUAACUUUUCAACAUCAGCUUGUAUCAAGUUACAAAAUCGUACGUUCGAAUCGAUCGUUAAUUUUAUGAUGUUCAAAAACUUUGAGAAAGUUAAUUUUGAAAGACAGUUUGUCUCUAAAUCUGGAAACAUUUCUGACAAUGGCACAGAAAGUUGGGCUAAAAUAUUUUUUGAGAAAAUACCACAAAACGUUAUCACUGCGCAAAUAACGGAAAACGAAGUACAAUGUUCAGGUUUAGUUACUUCAGUGGUAUUUGACAUUGUACAUUCAUUAAUAUCAAAACCUGGAACUAACAAAAAUCACGUGAUUUUGGGAGUUGGUAUAACAUUUUCACAAGAAGUUGAUUUAAAGUGGCCAAAGUGCACUGGGAAAAAUUGUCAAGAAGUAUUACAGCUAGAUCUUGUUAGCUACGUAGCAUUUCAUGAUGUUUCUAGGCCUACAAGAUAUCAUAUUGCUGGAGGGCCAAAUUUAGAUAUAAGCUUACCAUACGAUUUUUUCUAUCCAUUUUUAAGUCAUUCAAACUCAAUUGCACCGAUUCAAAAUUGUAUAACUAUCCAUCAUAUUUUUAUUAUGAUAUUUAUCAUCUUAAGUGUUUAAAUAUAAGUUAACUUCGUGUAAACAAAGAACUGAACCAUGCUUUGUAUUCAAUUUUACGCAAUGUAAAAAAUGCAUAUUUCAUCUUUAUAGAUUUUCGAAUUAAUUAUCCAUGGAUAAUAUAUUGUAAAAUAAACAAAAUUAUUUCAAAUUUGAUAGAACAAUUAAUUUAUUUUAAAUAAUAACAUUUAACACUUGUAAAAGUAAUCGCUUCAUAGUUUUUUCUUACACUUAGGUUUUUUUAAAUAGUAACAUUAUGAUAUAGACCUCAUGCUUUUCAGUUCCAUGUAGCAUCUUUAAAAACCAAAACAAGUUAAAAGCGACUUUUCCUUUAUGUACAUACUUUAGAACUACACCAAAUAAUUUAAAUAUUCCAUUUAUGAAAAUACUUAAUUGUAAUCAAUAAAUAAUUUGAUACACAGCUGUAUACUAGACAAAAAUUAGACAAGAUAAGACAAGAUGAAUUCUGCAUUUAAUUUGCAGUUUAACACAUUACGGAAUGUCGAUGAUGACGCACGACAUAAAAAAA